GCUUCAGGGAUUGUGGUGGGGAUUGCUGGAGAUUGGGGGACGAGGGCGGAGGACAGGGGACUGGUGGGGGCGAGGCAGGGGAGGGAGCCAGCUGCAGAGGGCGGUGACAGCGCUCCAGAGGCCGCUCGGUGCGCUCGGCCCCACAGACCUAAGCUGGGAGCAGCUGCAGGCACUGGCCUCCAAGAUGAGGCCGGCGCUCGCCCUGUGUCUCCUCUGUCAGGCGUUCUGGCCCCGGCCUGGCUAUGCCGAGCAUCCCACGGCUGACCGCGCGGGCUGCCUGGCCUCGGGGGCCUGCUACAGCCUCCACCAUGCUACCAUCAAGCGGCCGGCGGCCGAGGAGGCCUGCAACCUGCGCGGCGGGGCGCUCAGCACGGUGCACGCAGGCGCUGAGCUGCGCGCGGUCCUGGCGCUCCUGCGGGCAGGCCCCGGGCCUGGAGGGGGUUCCAAAGACCUGGUGUUCUGGGUGGCUCUGGAGCGCGGGCGCUCCCACUGUACCCAGGAGAACGAGCCCUUGCGGGGUUUCUCUUGGUUGACCUCCGACACCAGUGCAUCCGAAAACGACACCUUGCCUUGGGUGGAGGAGCCACAACGCUCCUGUACUGUGCGCAAGUGCGCGGGACUACAGGCCACAAGGGGGCUCGAGCCCGCAGGCUGGAAGGAGAUGCGUUGCCACCUGCGCGCCAGUGGUUACCUGUGCAAGUACCAGUUUGAGAACUUGUGCCCCGCGCCGUACCCAGGGGCUGCCUCUAACUUGAGCUACCGCGCUCCCUUCCAGCUGCACAGCUCUGCGCUGGACUUCAGUCCUCCGGGGACCAAGGUGAGUGCAACCUGCCCUGGGGAGCUCUCCAUCUCAGCCACCUGCGUCGAGGAAGAGACCGGCGCGCGCUGGGACGGGCUCCCCUCCCGGCCGGUGCUCUGCUCGUGCCCCGGGAGUUAUCUCCGUGCUGGCAGAUGCGCGGAGCUUGCUCAUUGCCUGGACGGCUUGGGAGACUUUGCCUGCGAAUGUGCUGAGGGCUUCGAGCUGGGAAAAGAUAGACGCUCUUGUGUGACCAAAAAGGAAGGACAGCUGCCCCUUGAGGCAACCAACGUGCCCACCUGGAGCCAGCCGGCCACUGCAGCCAGCCCAGUACCGAAGAGAACGAGGUCUCCCAGGGUCCACGAGAAGCCAGGAGAGAGACCACCCAGUGUCCCUGCUGCCACAUCUGUUCCUGAGAUUCUCCCGUGGGGAGCACAGAGCACCCUCUCUUCCCUUCAGAUAUCCCCUCACACCAAGCUGACAACCAGCCUCACUCCAUCAGGAAGCAUGGUCCCCACAUUUAAUUCCACACCUGCCUCCUCCGUGCCCCAGGCCUUUGGCUACGCCUCCACUGUGGUCUUCAUAUUUGUGAGCAUAGCAGUGGUGGUGUUAGUGAUCUUGACCAUGACAGUACUGGGGCUUUUCAAACUCUGCUUUCACAAAAGUCCUUCCUCUCAGCCAAGGAAAGGGCCUUUGGCCCCUGGGGGUUUGGAGAGUGAAGCUGAGCGCUCAAGCUCGGCACAUUGCACAGACAAUGGGGUCAAGGUGAGGGACAGCAGCCUGCAGGGCAGAGUAGAGGAUUGUUCCCUAGCAGGGUCCCCUCACUCUUCUUGGGUCACAUAGGGAAACAGGACCCAGACACUCCUUGUGAACAGACUUUUUCCAUUUCGUGCAAAGGGAGAGGAGGAGCUUGCGUGUGGAAAAUCCCCUUUAUAAGUUCUUUUCACCAAGGAGCUGAAGGUUAACAGCACACUCAUUUCCUGAAGAUGGAAGAGGUGCAAACGCCUUAGGGUGGUACCGGAGGGCAGGGAGGGCUGGGAGAGGUAUUCCGGGGAAUUGGAAGAACUGAUUUGACCUUUUCAAGACAUUAGAGGCAAACAGAAAACAGCACAAUUUUUUAAAAAGUUCAUUUUUACCAAAAUGGAAAAGAAUAUCUGUCUAUAUUUUUCAGGCUGGGAAGAUAUUGGUCUGGAGUUCAUAGACAAAAAAUAAAGGAUUUUUGAUAACACA